UGUAUUCAGCGUCGCUCCAAAACACCAACUCCAUCUCUUCCAUCUCUACAGAAAACUCCACAGUUACCAUUUGGCACCAAGAACACCCCGAGUCUCUUUUUUUUAUGAGGUUAAUAUUUGCUGACACGUCCAUUCCACUUUCUUAAUUUUUAAUAUUGGCUCCCCUCUACAAAUAGCCCCUCACUUGCUUUCAAUUAAUCCACUCACUUUUCUUCGUCCACUUCAAUUAUUGUUUUCGCGAUAAGAUUCCGUGGAUUCCGAUCUGUUUGUGUCUCUCCACUGUUGCAGAGACAUUGUGACAUUUGCUUUAGAGAACUCGACAACUGUACGGCUCAGGGGUUCCGUCCGUCAUGGGUUGGUGGAAUCUUGACUCCCUUUUUUCUAGCCUCCGCAGUCUCUUUCACUUCCGGCAGGUGCAGGUGCAGGGUGAUCAACUGUGCACGUACACCAUCAAGUCUCAUGGAGCUGCGGUUGCCAAGAACCACAAGCAUGACUGGCUCAUACUUGUGCUUCUUGGUGUCAUUGAGAUUGUGUUGAAUAUCAUUAAUCCUUUUUAUCGUUUUGUGGGGAAGGAUAUGAUGACUGAUCUCAAGUACCCUUUGAAAGAUAGCACUGUGCCUGUUUGGGCUGUUCCUAUGUAUGCAGUCUUGCUUCCAAUUGUCAUAUUCCUUUUGUUCUAUGCGCGUAGGAAGGAUGUGUAUGAUCUUCACCACAGCAUUCUUGGCCUGUUGUUUUCUGUGUUGGUUACUGGUGUCAUUACUGACUCGAUCAAAAAUGGAGUUGGGCGUCCUAGACCAGAUUUCUUUUGGCGGUGCUUUCCUGAUGGACUCGAUGCUUAUGAUAAGUGGGGAGAUGUGGUGUGCCAUGGUAAGGCCAGUGUAAUAAAAGAAGGGCAUAAGAGCUUUCCAAGUGGCCAUGCUUCAUGGUCCUUUGCAGGCUUAGGAUUCCUCGCCUUAUACUUGAGUGGAAAGAUUAAAGUUUUCGAUAGAAAUGGGCAUGUUGCUAAACUAUGCAUUGUUGCUCUUCCGCUACUGUGUGCAUCUCUGGUUGCAGUGUCCAGGGUAUCUGACUAUUGGCACCAUUGGCAAGAUGUCUUUGCCGGAAGUCUUUUAGGAUUUGUUGUGGCCUCAUUUUGCUACCGGCAGUUCUUCCCUUCCCCUUAUCAUGAUGAAGGAUGGGGUCCUUAUGCAUAUUUCCGAGCUGUAGAGGAGACGCGUAACAACAAUUCAAGCUCGGUGUCCACUGCCAAUGCACUCAGUGUGCAGGUCAUGGAAGUUCAUACUGUGAGUCAACCUGUACCCGCACAAAAUGGUGCUGCGUUUACAUCAUAUGCGUCAAAUAACCACACAAGCCUUAAGCUAGAUGAAAUGGAAUCGGGGGGAGGUGAUAAUAACUCUGCAUUCUGAUCAUGUCCAUUGCUGCUUAAUGACUUGUGUGUGCUAGGCACUGGUUAAACACAUCCUGUGUAGCUUAUGCAGAUCUUAGUUUCAUAUAUCGUCACGGUUUUGUGAGUACAUGAUGUUGAACAAGAUGGCUUAGAUUAAUGCUAUUUCUAGAAACGACAUGUUAGAUACAUGUGUAAAUACCGAUGAUGCUUCCUUAGAACAUAAAUAUUGGAAGAUAUAGCUGGUGUAAACUUGGAGACAUCUGCAUAGAUCCUGUCCAGAUAAGCCUUUGGACCUUGUCCUCGUUUGCUA